AUGAAGACAGUGUCGUGGAGGUUGAGGAAGAAGCGGCACCGCCAGAGCCGGCAAGUAGCUCCGGCAGAGGUCGUGAACGUCGUCCAGAAGAAGGCCAUGGGGGAAGCAGAGCGCCGCAACAUCGAGGGAGAGUUGCGCGGAGGAUGGAGCUGGAUACGGAACUUUGCCAGGUCCUGGCGGCGCAUCAUGGAGCUCACAGAGGAAGACAGCUGCCUCGAUCUGGAAGCAGGGACAGACGCUAUCCCACCCCAUAUCAUCGCCAACCUGGUCAACACAAGUGCCAUGGCUAGCGCAGAAGAAGUCGCUGAACUCUACCAAGGCCUGCUGCGCUUUGUGGCGGUCAUGAUUGCACAGAUCACCUCAGCGCUACAAGAAGGUGCAAACAUAGCCAGGCGACAGCGGGAGGCUGACGAAGGAGCUCUGCUGCAAACCUUCGUUGGCGCAGGUGAAUGGCUUGAACCUGGAGAGGCGGUCAUCAUGAUGCAGGAGAAUGUGGAGCUGAUUGACCCAUUCGGCCAUGUGCUCUGCACGGUUCAGAGACAGUUAGAGAGAAUGACGACGGUGCAAAUCAGGGCCCGCCUCGCUUGGAUCCGUGACAAGCUGGACCAGUUUGGACAGACAGGGCCUCCUUCGGGUUUGUCGCUCUGGCAAGAAAGAAUGAUGAGGCUCAGGGCGCUGGUCGUGAGCUACCAGAACGAGCAAGGCAACGAAGCAAGCUCGUCCAGCAGUAGUUGCAUGCCUCUUGCAGAAGAUGACUGGGCAGCGCACACGUGGCACAUGAUGAGGCCAUUCCUGAUGAGCCCUGGCAUAGGGGGUGAAGAAACAAGAGCUGUCGUUGAAGUGGAAGACAGCUAUGAGGGCAUCCAAGUUCAGGAGGCUGAUGGUCUGGUCAGGCCUGCAACAGGCCAGGAAAUCCGAGAACUACAAGAACGAGAUCGGGACCUGGCCAGGGUUGCCAGGGAAGAAGCGGCAGCAGACGAAGACAGGUGGGAGCGCAUGGAAGCAGCCAGGUACCAAGCCUGGGAAGACUGGUGCGUCCAAUGGGAAAUGGACCGAGGAGGAAGACCACCUAAACGAAUGAGGGUGGGAGUGGAGAUCAAAGGUCAUGGCGGCAAGGUGUAUGCCGGCGUCGUGGCUGAAGCAAGGGUUCCGGCAGAAGAACGCCUCUCAUACAUUGUGGAGCCGAUGGAAGUCGCAGACCCUGUGGAGGAGGCACCGGAAGAUGCCCCUCAGGACGGACCAGCGGAGCAAACCGGUCACAAAGCACCGGAAGAGGCGGAGCUGGAUGAUGAGGGGGAAGAUGUCCCGCUUCCCACCGGUGCAGCAAGCAUCGCCACCGCCAACCCGCAGUACUACCAGCUGUGGCGGAAGGGCUGGCUCACCGACGACAUGAUCACAUGGAGGUGGGGAAGCGCCACGUUGCUGAGCUUCCAGCAACAGAGGGAAGCUGAACACGGCCAGGGCAGUCCAGCCGAUGAAGAUGAGGUCAUGCUGCAGGCGGUGCUGGCGGCAGAAGAGUUCGCGGGGGACAGCCAGAGAGUGGACGCAGGCAGCACGAGCACGGAAGAAUACCAAGCUGGACAAGCCGUUGUGGAGGCCGAGGAGAGCGGUGCAACGGGCCUGCAAGAAGGGUCGACGACCUCGCAGCUCCCAGGGCAAAGGCUACCGUUGUUGCUGCUGCCGGGGGCUGAAGAUCUGGCUCAAAUUCCAGAUGCAGGGGCUGAGGGUGAAGGGGCCGCAGGGUUGACGCAGCCAGAAGCAUCGGAUACCAGCUUGAAUGCGACCGAGUUGGCCCAGCAGCAACGUGUUGCACAUGAUUGA